AGGAUGCAAAAUGUUGGAGAAGUACAUUACUCCUCUCUUGAUGUCCUAUGUGGACAAGUACAUCAAGAACCUCUCCCCAAAUGAUCUGGGUGUGUCUCUUUGGGGAGGAGAUGUGUUGUUAAAGAAUCUGGAGCUCAAACUUGACGUCUUAGAACAGGAGUUCCUAUUCCCAGUCAAAUUUCUGAGCGGUAGGAUACACGAGCUAAAGAUACACAUUCCCUGGACUAGUCUUGGGUCUGAUUCAGUUGUUAUCACGCUCAACACUUUGGAGUGUUCCUUGACUUAUAGACCUCUAGAGGAAACUAAAAGAGAAGCAGCAAGUACAGCAGAAGAUGAAGAAGACAAGGAAUCAGAUAGUGGUAUAUCUGAUGCUAGCGGACAACAAGCUGUUGCACCCAGCUAUGUGCAGCUUCUCACUCAGCGGAUACUGAACAACGUAGAAAUUCACGUGAACAACCUGAUUUUCAAAUAUAUUGAAGAUGACAUUGUUCUAUCAGUCAACAUCAAAUCAGCUUGUAUGUACACUGUAAACUCUGAGUGGAGCCAGGCCUUCUCUGAUGUACAGUCUCCUGAACUGACUCUGAGAAGAGUUAUUGAGCUGGUAGAUCUCACUAUCUGUCUGGAUAGAAACAGCGCGUCAGGUCGAAUAGAAGUGUACGAAGAGCCAGUACUUUACAGAGCGCACAUAAACUGCAGGUCUCUGUUCACCUUCCCUAACGUCUACUCCUUCUCUCCCUCCGCUAUAUUCGUACAUGUUCUGUGUGACGAUAUUAACCUCAACAUUUCCGAUCAACAGUUCCCUGCCCUGAUAGUGCUACUAAGAAGAUUGUACUACCUGACCAACUCUUCAGACACAACUAAACAAGUAGUCCACCCUGCUCCCCCUCCCGUCAUGUCAGCUGACGAGGAAGGUUGGAUUGGUUGGGGGUGGAGUAUGCUAGGAAUGGCAGCAUAUGAGGACUACGGAGUCUCCCCCGCUCCUCCUGCUGAAAUGCUCUUCAACUUCUCUCUCUUUGUUAAGAGUUUCAAUAUCUCAUGUACACAAGUUCUAGCUCAGCGCAGAAAGAGGUCAGCAAAGUACCAGUUCACUCCGUUCCUGAACAUGAAGAUACGAGGUUUAGCGAUGGAGUGCGUUGCUAAGGGAUACUACUACUCUCAUUUCACAUUGGGAGUGUGUAGUUUAACUGCAAACCUCUCUCACCAUAAGGAGCAAAUGUUUGUGUUCGGAGAUGUUGAGGUGGAUACUAUGAGUACAUUAACAGAGGGCUCCCUGUUCGACCUGCUGCCUCAACUAGACUAUGAGGACAAGAGACACGCUACCGAGGAGGAGACACUAAAGUUCACCAAGUUCCGUGCUCUGUGGCUCUGUAUGUUAAACAUUAUACCUGAGUUCAAACAGCGCCCUUUGGACGAAUUGGACAGAUUGGAAAGAAACGAGACCGAGUUGUUUGAGAUACGAAUGGUAGCUAACAAGUUUACUGUAUUCCUUAAUAACUCCAUCCUCAACUCCCUCUCCCUCUUCUUUAACUCCAAGACGAUGUGGGCCCUGUUUGAGCGUCUGCCCGCCCAACCCAACCCUAAACGUGCUGUCUCCACCACACGACUACACGUCAUGUCUCACCUGAGUGUUACGUGUCUAGGUGCUACUGUGUAUCUCUCAGGGAGCAACGUUAGGUUAGCUACUUUCACUUUCACUUUCUCUUUCUCUUUCUCUUGUUACGUCACUUAA